AUGAUUUUGAAAGUACAGAAGUAUAGUAGAAGUGAUGGUAGUGGUGGUAGUGGUAGUAGUGAUGGUGGAAGUGGUAGUAGUUGUUUUGUUUGUGGUAGUGGUAGUGGUAAUGGUAGCAGUAAUGGUGGUGGUAGUGGAAGUGGUAGUGGUGGCUGUGGUAGUGGUAGUGGUGGUGGUAGUAGUAGUAGUGGCUUUUGUUGUGGUAGUGGAAAUGGUGGUGGUAGUGGUGGUGGCGGUUGCGGUAGUGGUAGUGGUAGUGGUAGUGGUAGUAGGGGUAGUGCCGGUUGUGGUAGUGGUAGUAGUGGUAGUAGUGGUCGUGGUAGCGGUAGAAGUGGUAAUAGUAGUAGUAGCAGUAGUGGUUGUGGUUGUAGUUCUGGUGGUGGUAGUGGUAGUAGUGGUCGUGGUAGUGGUAGUAGUGGUCGUGGUAGCGGGAGUAGUGGUAAUAGUAGUAGUAGCAGUAGUGGUAAUGGUUGUAGUUCUGGUGGUGGUAGUGGUAGUAGUGGUGGCAGUGGUAUAGAAGUGGUGGUAGCAGAAGUAGUAGUGGUGGUGGUAGUGGCAAAAGUGGUGGUAGUAGAGGUAGAAGUAGUAGUGGUGGUGGUGGGAUAA